UGAAUCUCGAUUAAUCGACAGGGAAGAUGCAGCCAUCAUGGUUUGGACAGUGAACCGACAGUGUUUGUGAGAACAAUUCAUUUCUUGCCUUACAGUUCAUAUAAAUGCGAUCUUAAUUCAUGUAAACGGUUAUACUGGAGUUGAUUGUACGGACACCAUCUGCAAGCUGGUUUGAAUGUGACUUGGCACUUGUAGCAGUUCCUAAACCUCUUUGGAAUGACGACAGUUCAUGUGGAUGUGAUCUUUGUUCAUGAUUGUGUACGGUGAUCAAGAACUUUGUUGUGGGGACAUCCAUCUGGGGUUUGCUAUGAAGACGACCUGACGUAUACAUCAGUUCCUUAACUUCUUGACAAUGCCUACAGUUCAUUUAAAUUAUGGUCUUCGUUCAUAAACCUGAAGUGGUUGCGAGGACAACCAUCUGAAAAUUUAGUUUGAAGACGACCUUAUGUUUUCAGCUAACCUUAUCCCUAAACCAUCUUUUUCAAGAACCAGUGGAUCAGUAAUUAUGCAGUGCGACCCUUGAUCUACCAUUCUACAACCCUGUGUUCCACUUUUACCAUAAUGCAGAGGGCUAUAUAGACAGCUGUAGGGACGGCGUGGACCAUCCAUUUUUCUGAAUAGUUUAUUUAAAAGUUUGAAAUCAUUGUGAAAAGGAACAAGAUAUUCCUAGAGCAGUAUAAAGCACAGAAAAGAUUGCCUCACCCACCUUUUGUAAGAUACCCACCAUGGAGCAAUAUUUAGAAUCUAUACAGAGUUCAUCGGUCAUAGAUCACGUGAACGCAACCAUUGCUUCUGAUUGGUCGUGGACCCCGAUCGAGUGGUCUUGGUGGAUAAUUAUCCAAUUAGUGCUGGCUAUCUUGGGAAUAUCGGGGAAUCUUCUUGUUAUUCUAGUUUUAUUUCAGCGACGAUCGUACCGGAAACCUACCGAUAUUCUAAUUGGCGGUCUCGCAGCCGCCGAUUUCAUCACGUCCAUCUUCAUGAUUCCUCAACCGAAGCUAUCGGGCGUCCCCGAUACCAUCCUGGGCGAGAUCGCCUGCAAACUGAUAUAUUCAUCCGUAUUCCUAUGGAUAUCGAUCAGCUGCUCCGUGUUUACUCUCACCGCUAUCUCGAUAGAACGAUAUAUCGCGGUGAUCCACCCUUUCCAAUUCAAACACUGGGUGACGCCAAAGAAAAUCGCCAUUUGGUUUGUUAUUAUCGCUCUUGUAGCGAUCGCGAUAAAUAGUCGCACGUUCGGUACAACCUGGGUUGACGGCGAACAUGGAAAAUGUACGCACAGAUACAGCGACAAGGGUGUUCAGACAUUUUCUGGAAUCAUGGUGUUCUUGGUCCUCUUUAUCAUCCCCACACUAAUCAUGCUAGUGUCUUAUUCCCUCAUCGCCCGCAGCUUACGCAUAAGGUCCAAGCAGUACAAGCUCCAGAAGAGCGGGCAUGGGUCAGGUCCUUCAGACAGGCUCUUGGUCGCCAGGAACAAGGUGAUCAAGCUCAUGUUCGUCGUCAUCGUCACGUUCAUCGUCUGCUGGGCAGCAGAUAGCGUGGCUCUCCUGGCCUACAACAUGAGAUGGGUGGAACGGUCCUACCUCUAUAGUAACGUCUAUCAUGUCCUUGUCGUGAUGGCGUAUUUCAACACGUGUGCCAACCCACUCAUCUAUGCCAUCCAUUAUCCGGAAUUCAGGCUAGCUGUCAAGGACCUGUUUUGUAGCUCUGGAACUGUCAGGUCAUCCCUGUUUGGGAAGGACUACAAUCUGACCACGAAAGGCAAGGUCUAUGAUAACGCUAUCGUCUGAAAGAUGUUGGAAGUUAGGCCUACGUUUCUGCCGAUAUUACUCUAAAUUAACUCAAAUCAAAUAGAAAUAAUGUUUGAACAUAUCCGUUGCUGAAAGUUCCAGUUCGGGAUAUUUAAUGACGUGUCAUCAACACCGACCUGUUUGGGAUUUGUAUAUAUUUUCGUGUAACCACCGUCCUAAUAAUUGCAGCUUGUGUAAACCGUUUGCACAUUGUGAACACUGACCACUGAUUUGAAAAAUCUGGUUUUGAAUAGUUUAAAAUAUCACUGUUGCCCUGCCCUUAGUUCUGUGUAUAUUUUAUCUAAAGUGGCAUGUAGACUUAAACGCAAGUAUUAUCAAUGCUGAUCGCACAAUUGAUGAAAGUACAAAUAACGAUAAUGAAUUAAGUAGGCUUUAUAUCCAAUCAUUGGCGGCGGAAGCCAAAAAAUUUAGGGGGGACCACCAAAAAAUGUUGACAAGCAAAAAAAAAGGUUAUCUUAUCAACCAAACUUUUAGGGGGACGCGCAGGAAACAAAAUUGA